CUCAUAGGUAUUAGCGAGGGAAUAUAUGCCAUUGAAAACGUCGAAACAAAGCGCCUCUUGUUCCAGGACGGCCCUAAAAUAAAAGGGUCUCGUGGAGCAGAAAAGGGGUGGAAGGCUAGUUCAGGCUUCGAAGCACCACCUGUUGUCGGCGCUGAUGCAAAUUACUACAAUCGAGCUCUUUGGAAGAUCAUUCCUCAAGGUGGUGACAAAUACUUGAUCGAAAACUUGGAGACGAAAAGGUACUUGUCUCAAGAUGGCCCUGCCAUAAAAGGGCCUCGUGGAGCAGAAAAGGGGUGGGCGGCUAGUUCAGGCUUCAAAGCACCUGCUGUUGUCGGAGCUGAUGCCAACUACUACAAUCGAGCCAUCUGGAUGAUUACUCCAUUAAGUGGUGGCAAGUACUUCAUUGAAAACGUCUUCACGAAGAGGCUCGUGUUUCAAACCGGUCAACCGAUUGAAGGGAAGCGUGGAGCAGAAAAGGGGUGGAAGGCUAGUUCGGGCUUCGAAGCACCUGCUGUUGUCGGUGCUGAUGCCAACUACUACAACCGAGCCUACUGGAUACUACACAAAGUGCGUUAGACUGAUUAAAAAAAACGUGCCAACAACGUUAAGGGUAGCAGUUAUAAUGGAACUGUUAGAAGCUUUUCCUGGGUUGUAGGGCAAGUUUGUCAAAUAUUUAAACUUCAAGCUUUUGACUGUAGUGUGAAAAAUAAAGGCACAAAUUAAAAGAGA